GUGUCAUGCCCAGCUUUUGAGAACAGCCUCAUUGUAGCCACAAGCCAAAUGCUUUCGUUAGUUCGUGUUUCGUUUCAAGCUUAUGUUUCAGGGGUUUUUGAAGGUGUUAUAAUGCUGUAACUUAUGCUGGGAGUAGCUUAAUUAACACAGGGAACGGCUAUGUGUAGCAUUUUAUGCUUUGAUGUAGGUAACGUUAGCUAACGUAGCGUUCACAUUAUGAAAUUAUGCUGAACAUUAUUACUUCCAGCAAUAAUAGCUAACGCUUGAACCUAGUUUAUUUGCGGUAACGUUAGGUGUUGGGAAGUCUCAUUUUCGAGGAGUGUCCAGUAAUGGUGUAGGUGCAUACAGUAGCUAACCAUGCUGAGCCGCCUGCAGGAGCUGAAGAAGGAGGAAGAGACACUGCUGAAGAUCAAAGCCAUGCUGCAGGAUCAGCUUAACAGACUGAAGUUUGAAGAAGGGGCAUUGAGGUCAAUGAUAAAUGCCCAGAAUGGUGACAGCGCUGCAGAGGCCACUGCUCCAGAGGCUCCUGUGCUGCUGGACAAUGAAAGUGAGAUCAACCAGACAAAGCUGCAACUGAGCACAGUCGUGGAGCACGACAUGGAGGAGGAAGAGGAGGAGGAGGAAGAAGACAAUGAGAAAGAGGGGGAAGAAGAAGAAAUUGACCCUGAAUUUGAGAUGAUGGAAGAGGAAGAGGAAGAGGAGGAUUAUUACUGAAGUAACUGAGCUAACCCCCUGAAAACGUUAUUAAUUGAUGUGAUGGGUCGUCAUCCAAGUUUUAAUCAAGCUGUUACCAAUCAGUCAGCAGGUAUAAGUCGUUCAGUGAUGUUAUGGAAUGUUGCUUAUGUAUAUAUUGAUAGUUGUUUUCUUUUUAGUUAUCCCCUGCCAGGUGGAUAGCCUUCAUUGCCUGAAAUGGACCCUGGUAAGAAAUAUAUUGAAGUUCAUUUACAUGGGAGAAAAUAUGUCAGGGUGAUGCAUUUAUCUGAGAGCACAAAAGCUGAAUAUGGAACUGGAAACUUCCAUAAAUGAUCACAUAGUGAUGUCUUCCUCUGGUGUUAUUUUUAUUAUUCAGGAUGUUGAGGAUAGUAUUUAUUCUUGGGUAAACGUAUCACCUUUUUGUGAAUCUACCCCAUGCAUACAUUGAGAAUGACAUGACUGCCCUGCUGCUUGUAAAACAUGCCUUAAGCUGUAAUCCUGUUCUGUUCUGUGUUCCGCUGCUUUCUUGUAAAUGUUGUGUACCAGAGAAGAGAUGCUGUACUGGUUCCGAGCUGGAAUCUCGUAGCUGUGUGUGUAUAUUUUUGACUAUUGUAAAGUUGGUAAAAUUGUUGAAAUAGGAAUAAACUGGAAUUUUGCCAUUUGUCA